AUGUUUAAAUCCGUUAUGGUAAUGAACUUAAAAUUUAUGCUACAAGCAUACACAGUUGAAGUUUUUCAACAUCAUUCUUGGGUGAAUUCGCCCUCAGCCAACAUCAACAACAAUGCGGAGCUUCUAGUUUUUCAAUUCUACUUCAAAACUCUGCCACAAAAAUUUUUUUGCCACGUGUACGUGUUUGAAACUUGUCAGACACCCAAAAAGUGCACUUAA